AUUCGUGGGAAUGUAAAGACAGAGUGGGUGUGUGCUCCUCGGAGCCAUACAGAUGGCAUGCAUAUUGCAGUGCGUGGCUCAGAGAGGGACAGGCAGGUUUAGUUAAAUGAAGUGAAACAAAACUGGAGAAAGAAGAAGCAUGUUACGUAAUGAUUGCUACACCCAGAUAAAUAGCUGAAGAAGAACCCUUAACGCAACUGCUGUAAGUUUAAAGUGGAAUGAGACAGGAAUUGAAGGAAGGCCCCGAAACAAAGGCAUUAGCAGUUGUUUCAAAGCAUCGGUGUUACAUAGAAGGCAAUAUAGGAAGAGAGAGAGAGGGAGAAAGCAACAGAGAGGAAGAGAGCAGGAGUAGAAAACAAGACAGGGCAGAGGCCGCUUUCGAUCAGUGCUAAGCCUGUUAGUUACCUUACUGAAGGCUUCCUGCGUCAGCACCAUGGGAAAAUCAGCCUCGAAGCAGUUUGCUGAGGAGGUGCUGCAAUGCCAUAAUGAGUUCAGGAGGAAGCACCAGGCUCCUCCAAUGAAGCUGAGCAGCAAGUUAAGCAGCGAGGCUACCCGUUAUGCUGAAAGUCUGGCCAGUACACGGAUCCUGAAACACAGUGUGGAGUCCAGUAGAGGGAGCUGUGGAGAGAACCUUGCAUGGGCCUCCUAUGACCAAUCAGGAAAGGAUGUUGCAGACCGCUGGUAUGACGAAGUGAAACAGUACAACUUCAACCGCCCUGGAUUCUCCUCUGCUACUGGCCAUUUCACAGCGAUGGUGUGGAAGAGCAGUAAUAAGCUGGGUGUCGGUAAGGCCACUGCAUCAGACGGUUCUUCCUUCGUUGUGGCCCGAUACUUCCCCGCUGGGAAUAUCACGAACCAGGGACACUUUGAGAACAACGUGCUCCCAGCUAAGACCACCACCUAAUGAUGUAUAGACCCCUAACACUUGACUGGAGAGUCUAAAGUUAUCUGCCUGCACUGCUAUGAAGAAAACUCAGGAGAGCACCACUCCUUGCCUAGUAGAGAUCCAUACUGCCAUAUUGUAUGGAUUUUUGAAACAUGAAAUCCACAUUUUUAUUUUGAAAAGGGACCUAUGUACGCUAUAGUGUUUAGAAUAAAGUUAGCACUACUGUUUGACAUUGCUAACAAAAACUUUCCAGUGACCAUUUGGAUUGUUUACUUGGUCAUUUGCAUUUCCUGUGACAGUAUUUCAUUCAUUAAUGUCAAUACUUUUAUAUUUUCACACACUGAAAUACAGCAUAGCCUCACAUGAGGAAGAGUGGGAGCUGAGUCAUUUAAAGGGACAGGCUUUCACGCGUUUACAUUUCAUUGCAUAUAAUUUAAAGCUGAUGAAUUUUUUUGGGCUGUGUUAUUGCCACAACUUGUCAAAGCAGAACCCUGCAGUCCCGAGUAUGUGUUUUGUAUUCUAACCAGUUUUGUACAAUAAAGUUGAUAGAUUGUCAGAAAUGA